UUUGUGUGCGUGAGGGGAGCUGCGGCGGGUUCCCCCGGCGGGCUGUCAGCGCUACCCGCGAGGAGGCGGGGAAGGGAAGGGACGGGAAGGGAAGGGAGGAGGCGAGGGAAGGCGCUGGCAGGGCGGCUCUCCCAUCCCCGUCACAAGGUAAGCCCUGCUCCCCAGGGCGGAGAGAGGCGCUGGAAGCGCCGCGGGGCCCUUUCCGUGACCUGACGAGCGGCUUCGCCCAGCCCCGGAGAGCGGGUCACGGCCGCCUCCUGCUCCCCGGCGGCGCGGGGGGCCGAGCGCGGGCUGCGGCGGCGGCGCGGAGCGGCUCCGGCACUUUGCGAUGGGCAGGCGGCAGCGGCGGCCGGACAGCAGCGGGGGCCGACGCGGGGCUCGCAGCUAAGGGGCGAGGAGGAGGGACCAUGGCCGCAUCCAGCAACUCCAGUUUGUCCGGCUCGUCGGUUUCCUCCGAUGCUGAAGAAUACCAGCCUCCAAUAUGGAAAUCAUACUUGUAUCAAUUGCAACAAGAGGCACCACGUCCCAAGAGAAUCAUCUGUCCUCGGGAGGUGGAGAACAGGCCAAAGUAUUAUGGAAGAGAGUUUCACGGGAUCAUUUCUCGGGAGCAAGCAGAUGAAAUACUUGCUGGCGUAGAAGGAGCCUAUAUUCUCAGAGAAAGCCAGCGGCAACCCGGCUGCUAUACUCUUGCUCUCAGAUUUGGUAAUCAGACCCUAAACUACAGGUUGUUCUAUGAUGGGAAGCACUUCGUUGGGGAGAAAAGGUUCGAAUCAAUCCACGAUCUGGUUACAGAUGGCUUGAUAACAUUGUAUAUAGAAACAAAGGCUUCUGAGUAUAUUUCCAAAAUGACAACAAACCCCAUAUAUGAGCACAUUGGAUAUGCCACUUUGCUUAGAGAAAAAGUGUCCCGGAGGCUGAGCAGAACAAAAAAUGAAUCAAGAAAAGCAAGUGUAACAAGUGAAGAAAAUACUCCAGUUGAAAAGAUCACCUCCUUGGUCAGAAGAGCAGCCUUAACUCAAAAUGACAACCACUUCAACUAUGAAAAAGCACACAAUUUUAAGGUCCAUACGUUUCGAGGUCCGCACUGGUGUGAAUACUGCGCCAACUUCAUGUGGGGUCUCAUCGCUCAGGGAGUGAGAUGUUCAGACUGUGGGUUGAACGUACAUAAGCAGUGCUCCAAAUACGUGCCCAACGACUGUCAACCAGACCUCAAGAGGAUAAAACGAGUCUACUGCUGCGAUCUCACCACACUGGUGAAAGCCCACAAUACCCAGAGGCCCAUGGUUGUGGAUUCAUGCAUUCGGGAGAUUGAAGCAAGAGGUUUGAAGUCUGAAGGCCUCUAUAGAGUCUCAGGCUUCACUGAGCAUAUUGAAGAUGUGAAAAUGGCCUUUGAUCGAGAUGGUGACAAGGCUGAUAUUUCUGCCAGUAUUUAUCCAGACAUAAACAUCAUUGCCGGAGCACUGAAGCUAUACUUCAGAGACCUACCAAUCCCCGUUAUCACCUAUGACACCUAUUCCAAGUUCAUAGAGGCAGCAAAAAUCUCCAAUCCUGAUGAACGACUAGAAGCAAUACAUGAAGUGUUGAUGUUACUCCCUGCUGCUCACUACGAGACACUUAGAUACCUAAUGAUUCAUCUCAAGAAGGUUACAUUGCAUGAAAAGGAGAAUUUUAUGAAUGCUGAAAACCUGGGAAUAGUGUUUGGACCUACUUUAAUGAGACCCCCAGAGGACAGUACCCUUGCUACACUGAAUGACAUGCGGUACCAGAAGUUAAUUGUGCAGAUUUUAAUAGAAAAUGAAGAUGUUCUCUUUUAGACAGAGAGGCGUAUCUUCAAAGCCAUUUGUUUUUAAGUAAUUAGUUCGAAGGAAAAACAACAUUUCUUUAAUUUUUUUUUUAAACAGAAAGGAAGAGUUCCUUGACUGCACUUCGAUUUCUGCAAAGUUGCAGAUGGAUGCCAAAAUGUUUAGGGAAAGCCUAUGUCUCAUAGACAUAUGCCUCUUUGUAGAAGGGAUAAAGAAGGUCAGAAAAAAUCCUUUUACCUUGUAUCUUUUGCCUUGCCUCAGAUGUAUAUUUGUUGUGAGAAGUUUUGAACAAUUUUAUUGUUAACUUAUUAAGAAACACAAAACGUAUUUUAAUAUGGCUAGAGAAGCAAAAAGGUACUUAAUCAGUGUUACUUGUAUGCGCCUAUACAUUUCCUUCUUCAUGAGACAUAAUUAUAUAUGUCAAUUGUGAAACAGAACCUAUAUUAUAAAGAUAUUUUUACUUUACCUAGCUGAAAGAAUGGCAUUUUAUUUUAGCAAACUAUAAAUCAAUGCGGUGCAUUGAUUAUUUUCCACGUAAUUCUUUCCUGCAUUUUUGCUAUGAUAUAUUGAAAACAAUUGCCACUAAUGCAGCAUUAUCCUGACAUACCUCUUUCACUGCAAGUGUUUUAAAGGAGAAUAAUUUUCUUGUGCGCAUUUCAGCUUUCCUUAGGUUUCUUUGCAUUCAGGCACUAGCAUCCUAAGAUUGUACACUUUUAGCCAUUUGCCAUUUCC